AUGGCUGGCAGUGCUGGUCAUAUAAUGAACCUUGCUAAUAGUAUUAUAGGAGUUGGAUUAUUGGCCAUGCCAUUUUGUUUUAAACAAUGUGGAAUAACUUUGGCGAUUAUAAUGUUAUUUUUAAGCAGUGCAAUUUCUAGAACGGCAUGCCGUUUUCUUGUUAGGUCUUCAGCUAUGUGCAGAAAAAGAAACAUUGAAUAUUUGGCAUUUUACACAUUUGGAUCUUCUGGGAAACUAUUAGUGGAAUUAGGCAUUAUCGGUUUUAUGAUGGGAACAUGUGUAGCUUUUUUUGUUGUCAUGGGAGAUUUGGGUCCUGCAAUUAUUUCUAAAAUGUUUCAUCUUAAUAAUAAUAGUACUUUAAGGACAAGUGUCCUCUUAGGUAUAGGCUUUUUUGUUAUUCUUCCUCUAGGUUUAUUAAGAAAUAUAGAAAGUUUGGUUACAAUUUCAACAGCUACCAUAGGAUUUUAUUUCCUUUUUAUACUAAAAAUUUUUAUAGAAUCAUCUCAUCAUCUAUUAGCAGGAGAUUGGUGGAAUUAUGUGUAUUUUUGGAAACCGGAGGGUGUUCUCCAGUGCAUACCUAUAUUUGCCAUGUCACUAUCUUGUCAAACACAAUUGUUUGAGAUAUAUGACUCUUUGCCUUCUCCAAGUGUUGAAAAAAUGAAUUAUGUUGUUAAAGCUGCUCUUAAUCUUUGCACAGCAGUUUAUGCUAGUGUUGGAAUAUUGGGAUACAUUGCAUACUGCAAAGGAACUUUUACCGGAAAUAUUCUACUAAGUUUUACACCAUCACUUUCGAGUGAAUUAUUUAAAUUAGGAUUUGUUAUGAGUAUAGCUGUCAGUUUUCCUUUAGUUAUAUUUCCUUGCAGAGCAAGUUUAUACUCUUUAAUUUUUAAAAGAAUUUCAAUUCAUCAUGAAUCAGGUCAAACUAGUUCACAUAUUCCAGAUUCAAGAUUUAAAUGGUUAACCAUAGUUAUAGUGACAGUGUCAUUAAUUACUGGUUUACUGAUUCCUAGCAUAGAAUUAGUUUUAGGAUUUGUAGGGUCGACAAUAGGUAUUGCCAUUUGUGUUAUUUUUCCAUCCUUAUCAUUCCUAAAUUUGAAUACUAGGGAUACCAAUGAUCAAAUGAUAGCCAAGUUUACAGUUGUUAUGGGUGUAAUAAUUAUGAUUGUGGGAACGUUUGGAAAUUUGUUUGCAGCCAUUGAAAGUCCACCGGUAAAUUUGGAAAAUAAACCGAUUAAAUUCGACAAUUUACCGCAGCCAAAAAUUUUUUCUAAAAAUGAAAUGAGCAUCGAUGGUUUGAAAAAAAUUUCGAAAGAAGCGAACGUUAUGUUACCAAAAAUCGAAGACUUUGAGAAGUUAAAGUUAAGAGAUCAGGAUACAAUAAUAGAUAUUAGUAAAAUACAACAAAAAGAAAGUCAAAGAAAAGAACCGCCCGUGCCUGUAGCUCCUAUGCCUGAAAUAAAAGAAAAUCGCAAAGCUGUGAUACCACCGGUAAAAAUUAUUAAAAUAAACGAUGAUAUUGAUAAUAGUAAAAAAUUUUCAUCGGAAAUAAAAAAGAUUGAAAAUUUUCCGAAGGAAAAAUUGAAUGAAAAUAUAAAUAGGGAUGCAAUUGAAAAAGAAAACAGGGAAAUGAUGGAAAUGGAAAAAGAAAAACGAGCGGAGGAUGAUAAAAAAGAACGGGAUAUAUUGAAAAAAUUAAAAGAACACGAAGAUGAACAGAAAAAAUUAUUAAUUGAACAAAAGAAAAUUUUGUACGAAAUGAAAAAACAAAAAAAAUUGAACGAUAUUAUUAAACAAAAGUCUAUUUUAAUUACUCCCGAAUCAAUCGUCAAAACUAUACAACUUGAUAAGUCAAAAGAGAAAAAAUUACUUUACGAGAAAAAAAUUUUAAACGAUAAAGAGGAUGAUGACAAUCGCGUUGUUGAAUCUCUGGCUCGAGACAAAAGAAGUUUACCAAUUGAGGAAAGUACUACGAAAAAGGAAAAUGUCGAAGAAUGUUCUAAAGAAGACAACGACAGGUAUAACAAAACAGAAAAUACAUCUAUCAAAAAAGAUUUUGAAAACGGGAUUAAAAAUGAUGAUAAUGAGGGAAAAAAUUCGAAAAUUUCAUUGGACGUCAUUAAAAAAUCCGAACAUUUGAGUGAUGUGAACGUUUUAACGGAUAAAAAAUCAGAAAUUUCAAAUGUACUAGAAAAUGUUAAAUUGACGGAUAGUCUUCAGGUAGGGGGAAAGAAAAGAGAUUUGAAAUCAAUAAAAGAUUCGAUCGAUAAUUAA